CAAGGAGAAUAAAAUCCUAAAAAGGAACUGAUUUUUCUAUUUGUUGUUUGUGGAAACAGUAAUGGAUUCGUUGAAAGAACUUUUGGAAUCGUGGAAUAUACCACAAGUUGUAGUGACCAAUUUUAUUGAGAAUGGUAUAAUGAUUGAACAUUUUCCCAAAUUAAAACUAGACAAUUUGAAAGAAUUAUGCCCACAUAUGGGGACUAGACUAUCUUUAGAGGAAAAGAUAGGGGAGCUUAUUACUGCACAGGCAACGACGGAUGCAGUAUCUGAAUCAACUGAUGAUCAAGUCAUUAUUACUCCCACCUCCAGUAAAUUUGAGACAAGCACCAGUGAUUGUUUAUUUUUAUUAGUUUUUUACCAGUUUAUUAGUUUCAUUAGAUGAACUACAAGUGGUCGACAU